CUUCGCAAACGUGAACUCAAUUCGUGAGGCAUCUGACAUUAAAUUUCAAUUGACGCAGAGUCUUUCUUUCGCUGCUAACAUGGCACCGCAGCCAACCAGCACAAGCUGGGAUCACGAAUAUAAUACUCUUCGCCGAGAGAAGCUAUUUAGGGAACCGCCGACAGAUCAUUCUGCGUACCCUCUAUUACAACAAGCUGUCAAUCCACAUAUCGAGUCUUUCGAUGCGCUUUUCGGCAACGAUGGUCUAAUCGCACACGGCCUUGCCGACAUUGGCACAAAAUUGUUUCUAGAUGGAGACGAGCGCGCUCCACCAGCUGGGAAGAACAAGCUGAAGAUCAGAUACAAAGGCAUACACCUCCAAAAGUCGCAACUCCCGCCUACCAAUAAAUUCGCUGUCAAAAACAGAGAGAUUCUUCCCGCAGAAUGUAGAGAACGGCAUGUGUCAUACAGGGGAAAGAUUUCUGCUACUUUUGAGUAUAGAAUAAAUGAUGGAGAUCCGAAAGAGUUCACUCGAGAGAUUGGCCAGCUCCCAAUCAUGGUAAAGUCGAUGCAUUGCCAUCUUAGGGACAACAGCCCAGCCCAAUUGGUUUCGCGCAAAGAAGAAUCGGAAGAACUAGGUGGCUAUUUUGUCAUCAAUGGCAUCGAGAAGAUAAUACGACUUCUCCUGGUCAACCGAAGAAACUUCCCCUUAGCAAUCAACCGUCCAAGUUUCACCAAUCGUGGUCCUGCGUAUACCCCUUACGGCAUCAUCGUUAGAUCAGUACGACCAGACGAAACUUCCCAAACGAACGUUCUUCAUUACUUAAAUGACGGAAAUGUUACCUUUCGCUUCUCUUGGAGGAAGAACGAAUACCUAGUCCCGGUUAUGAUGAUCUUAAAGGCACUGGUGGAAACUAAUGAUAGAGAAAUAUUCGAAGGCCUAAUUGGAUCCCCCGAUUCGAAGGGGAUUCUAAACACAUUCCUCACGGAUCGCGUCGAGCUCUUACUACGGACUUACAAGACCUAUGGACUCUACACAAUGGCACAAACCCGGUCAUACCUUGGGGAGAAAUUUCGACCAGUAUUGGGUGUAUCUGAUACUUUAUCCCACUAUGAAGUCGGCACCGAGUUUUUGCGGCGAAUUGUGCUUGUUCACCUUGGCAAUAUGAAUGUCACUGAAGGACAGGAUUCGGACAAAUUUCGUAUGCUCUUAUUUAUGACCAGAAAGCUCUAUGCCUUAGUUGCUGGAGACUGUGCGGUGGACAACCCCGAUGCAGCGCAGAACCAAGAGAUUCUCCUAGGCGGAUUUCUGUACGGCAUGAUAAUUAAGGAGCGGUUGGAUGAACUGCUUUCGGUUGGUCUUCGCAGUGCCCUUCGAGACUAUUUUAGGAAGUACCCUGCAAGGUCAUUUACUUCGGAAGAAUUUGGGAAAGAUUUCCCCAUCAAACUCUUCCAGAAAACUAAUGAGAACGUCGGCAAUGCUUUAGAAUAUUUUAUGUCAACCGGUAAUCUAUCGAGUCCGUCUGGUCUGGAUCUACAACAAGUAUCAGGUUUCACCGUUGUUGCGGAGAAGCUCAAUUUCCUUCGUUUCAUAAGCCAUUUCCGCAUGGUUCAUCGUGGAAGUUUCUUCGCUCAAUUAAAGACUACGACUGUACGAAAGUUGUUACCCGAAUCUUGGGGUUUCCUUUGCCCUGUCCACACACCAGAUGGUUCCCCUUGUGGCCUACUCAACCAUCUGGCACAUAAGUGUAAGAUCAUGACUAAGUCGCUUGAUGUUUCAACGAUCCCGCAGCUAGCUGCCGAACUUGGUGUCGUCGAUACUUCAUCUGCCGCUACGGAUGAAAGCGUCGUAGUAAUGCUGAACGGGAGGAUCCUUGGAUGGUGUCACCCGUCCGAGUCACGCAGAAUAGCGGACACAUUUCGGUACUGGAAAGUCGAGGGUUCUCAUGGCAUCCCUGUCCAUCUCGAGAUCGGUCAUGUACCGUCAUCCAAUGGAGGAUCUUACCCCGGCAUAUAUAUGUCUUCCGAAGCGUCCAGAAUGGUGAGGCCGACGAAAUACCUUCCCUUAGAGAAAGAGGAUUUUGUCGGCCCCCUUGAGCAACCGUAUAUGUCGAUUGCUUGUACGGAGCAGGAGGUCGUGUCCGGAGAAUCUACACAUGUCGAAUUUGACCCUACGAACAUACUUUCGAUAUUGGCGAAUAUGACUCCCUUUUCCGACUUUAACCAAUCUCCUAGAAAUAUGUAUCAAUGUCAGAUGGGUAAGCAGACAAUGGGAACCCCGGGCGCCGCAUUAGCCCACCGGACGGACAACAAAAUGUAUCGUAUCCAGACUGGCCAGACACCUAUUGUUAGAUCACCACUACACAAUGCAUAUGGCUUCGAUAAUUUUCCUAACGGCAUGAAUGCGGUUGUCGCCGUCAUAUCAUACACGGGAUAUGAUAUGGACGACGCCAUGAUUCUAAACAAGUCUGCCCACGAACGAGGUUUCGGGUAUGGGACCAUCUACAAGACUAAAAAGUACACUCUUAAGGAAGAAAGUCGUACAAGAGCAGCUAAGAAUGUGACUAAGAUGUUUGGCUUUGCUCCAGGCAGCGUUGUGAAGGCAUGGACGCAGACAAUGUUGGACGAAGACGGGCUUCCUCAUGUCGGACGGAUGGUUCAGGAAGGCGACGUCAUAUUUGCCUACCACACGGUCUCUGCAGAUUAUAGUGGUAAUUUGGUAAACCGAGAUGGUGUCACCAAGUACGAAAAGUACAAGGACUCAGAACAAGGAUUCAUCGAAGAAGUGCGAAUAAUCGGCAGUGAGCAAGGUAACGAGCCUGCCCAAACAAUCUCGAUCAAAUUCCGCGUUCCCCGAUCACCAGUUAUCGGAGACAAGUUCUCGUCUCGUCAUGGCCAAAAGGGUGUAGCUUCGCAAAAAUGGCCGUCCGUGGAUAUGCCAUUCUCGGAGUCCGGUAUCCAGCCCGAUAUUAUCAUCAACCCUCAUGCCUUCCCCUCUCGAAUGACAAUCGGUAUGUUUGUCGAAUCACUAGCAGGAAAGGCAGGCGCACUUCAUGGGUUGGCGCAAGACUCAACACCCUUCCGCUUCGACGAGGAGAAUACAGCGGCCGAUUUCUUCGGCCACCAGCUCAUGAAAGCCGGAUACAAUUACCACGGGAAUGAGCCAAUGUAUUCGGGAAUUACAGGUGAGGAGUUAGGUGCAGACAUCUACAUAGGUGUUGUGUAUUACCAACGAUUACGACACAUGGUAAACGACAAAUAUCAAGUAAGAACCACGGGCCCGGUUGUCGCAACAACAGGCCAACCAAUCAAGGGCAGAAAACGGGGAGGUGGUAUUCGUGUAGGAGAAAUGGAGAGAGAUGCUCUGCUAGCACACGGCACAGCGUUCCUUCUCCAGGACCGUCUCCUCAACUGUUCGGAUUACUCCCCGUCCUGGAUCUGCCGUAGAUGCGGCUCCUUUUUGUCGAUCCAACCGACAGUAUCUCCUUUCGUUGGCAGGAAGAAGACGGCGAGUGUGGUUCGAUGUCGCAACUGUGCGACACGCCUUGAUCGGAUUAAUGACGUUGAUUUGACUAAGUUGGCCGGUGAAAUAUGGGAAGAUGGUCAAGGGAACCAAUGGGUUGGAGGCGAAGACACUACGAAAGUAGCAGUUCCCGGUGCUCUGAAGUAUCUGGACGUUGAGCUAGCUGCUAUGGGUGUCAAGCUAAAAUACCGAGUUGACCCGAAGGAUGCUCCGCGAAAAGGCCCGCUGCUACAGAAAAACUGGGAAGGUAUUUCAGCAGUGAAGAAAACAAACGGUCUCCCCCCCGCUAUAAAGGCCGCGUAGACAUAUCGCCAGGUAUACAUUCAAAAAGUUAUUACGGGAUGGCAUUGGGUGGAGUUAAGAGGUUUCCGGCCUUCGGUUUUGGGAAUAGACAAUCCUGGUAGUGAUACAGAGGAGUCUAAUUGAAUUUAAUGAACGACGCACAAUGGUUUCCUUCAAGUGUCUUGGGAUUAAUCAUAUCGUCAGAGGGGCAGUGAUGCAGGUAACCGUGGCGAUGUCUCAGAAUGGCUGUAUGUUGUGUAUCACACAUAUCCAUGGAUCCCUACCAACGCCGAUUGUCGUGCACCGCGCCGCCCG